AUGCGGAGGAUAAGAUUCUUCUUCUUCCGUGUUUCGUUUUACUAUAUUUGGAAUAUACUCCUGCGCUAGUCUGUAUCACUGUAUGUAUAGGUUGUGAGGAGUACUAUUGCAUCUCAGUGAAGGCAAGUGUGUCUCUAUUCUGUAUCUAUAAUCUGUAUACAGAGAGUGAUAUGUCGAGCGCCAUAGUUAACGGGAUGGCCGGCGCCGGCGGAGGUAUCAUCGCCCAGAUAAUUACUUACCCUCUCCAAACGGUGAACACACGGCAGCAAACAGAGAGAGUUGCUAAGGACUCAAUUCAAUCUCCUGCUGGUAGUACGUUUGUUCACAUUUUUCAGGUGAUUAGAAAUGAAGGGUUUGGAGGGCUUUACAGUGGCCUCAAGCCUUCUCUGCUCGGCACCGCCGCUUCUCAGGGUAUCUACUAUUCCUUCUACCAGGCUUUCAAAAACAAGGCUGAGGCUAUUGCUAGGGAAAAUAAAAGAAAAGGAAAAGGUGAUGGCUCUCCAGGAAUGCUCUCUUGGCUUGUCGUAGCUGCUCUUGCUGGGUCAGUAAAUGUACUGCUGACGAACCCUAUAUGGGUUCUUGUGACUCGUAUGCAGACUCAUACUCAAGCAGAAAAAAAGAUAACGGAGGCAAAAAGGGAAGCUCUAUUGAAGGCAGCUUCAGAAAAUGUCUUGUCACAAUCUCUUUUGUCGGAUCAAUUGGCUGCACUUGAUUCGAUGAAGCCACGUCCCUAUGGAACGUUUCAAGCGGCAUGCGAGGUUUAUAAUGAAUCUGGAGUUGCUGGAUUCUGGAAAGGCAUCAUUCCGACACUAAUAAUGGUGUGCAAUCCGUCAAUUCAGUUCAUGAUUUACGAGAGUUUGUUGAAGCGUCUGCGGUCCAAGCGAUCUGCUAACAAACAAGGUUCAGUGAAUGUGACAGCUUUGGAGUUUUUCUUAGUCGGGGCGGUGGCAAAACUUGGAGCAACCGUUUGUACAUACCCUCUGCUGGUUGUUAAGUCGAGACUUCAAGCAAAGCAGGAGAUUGGUGGAAAUAUCUCACUACGAUAUUCAGGCACACUGGAUGCCAUCGUUAAGAUGAUCCGAUAUGAAGGACUGAGAAGCUUCUACAAAGGGAUGAGCACAAAGAUUGUACAGAGUGUUUUCGCUGCAUCUGUACUUUUCAUGGUGAAGGAGGAGCUUGUCAAGACUUACGCUCUACUCUCGAAUAAAAGACCGAAAAAUAUUCUCAAGACUCUUAAAUGAAGAUCUAUGCUUAAAUUCACAUACAAGGUGAGAUAUUUCCUAGGUUGUUGCCACUUAUCCAGGCCUGGUUUAAUGGAAAUAGGAAUUCGAAACAUUGUGGAGGAGGUCAGCAUGUAAUAAAUAACUUACACUGCCUUAUCAGAUAUAUCUCGAACACGAGACUUGCAAACAGAUAUGGAACUCAGGCAAUACGGGACUUUUAGUAAUAGAUAUCUCGUGUCGAGACCCUGUUAUUGGCAAUUAAAAUUGUUUGAAUAUUGUUACAAUUUUAAGUGUAUGUUUCGUAAUUGAACCGUGGGAGCAGAAGUUUGUAAUAAGUAUGUAUGAAAACUCCAAGUCGGAACUAAACGCUUGGCCCGGAUGUUAACUGUGCGAAUGGAUUCGGAUUAGGGUUCUGUU